UUUUGUCGCGUUGGGACUUACUGGGACUGCAGGGCAUCUCAAGUUCGGAAUCGCCCAGCUUUUUAUUAACCUGUAGAGCCGAUCUGAAUGCACUUUGGACUUUCUCUUCGCUCGCGUUUGCUUUAAACGGUGUUGUUUAGAUUUUCUAUUCAUAGCGAACAACGGUUGAACUUUGGAGCUCAAAAUGAUCAACAAUACAGGCAAACUUGCAGGACGCACACUAUUCAUUACCGGUGCCUCGCGAGGAAUUGGAAAAGCUAUUGCGUUAAAGGCUGCACGCGAUGGAGCCAACAUUGUGAUUGCGGCUAAGACAGCAGAACCACAUCCGAAGCUGCCGGGCACCAUUUACACAGCCGCAGAAGAGAUCGAGAAAGCGGGUGGUCGUGCUCAUCCCUGCUUAGUUGAUGUACGCGAUGAGAAACAGGUGCGUAAUGCUGUGCAGGAGGCAGUGGCCAAGUUCGGCGGCAUCGACAUACUAGUUAACAACGCCAGUGCCAUCUCGUUGACCAACACCCCCGACACUGAUUUGAAGCGCUACGACCUCAUGCAUAAUAUUAAUACUCGCGGUACAUUCCUAGUCUCGAAAGAAUGCCUGCCUUACUUAGAGAAGAGCAACCAUGCGCACAUACUCAACAUAUCGCCACCGCUAAAUAUGCAGGCCAAGUGGUUUUCCCCCCACGUAGCUUAUACGAUGGCCAAAUACGGCAUGUCCAUGUGCGUCCUUGGCAUGGCCGAAGAGUUCCGUGAUCGCGGAGUGGCCGUCAAUGCACUCUGGCCUCGCACGGCUAUACAUACUGCUGCGAUUGAAAUGUUAACCGGUCCGGAUAGUGCCACCUGGUCGCGUAAACCAGAGAUUAUGUCCGAUGCUGCCUAUGUUGUGUUGUGCAGGGAACCCAAACAGUUCACAGGACAAUAUUUUAUUGAUGAUGAGGUGCUGGAGUCGGCGGGAAUCAACGAUCUCACCGAUUAUGCUUGUGUGCGUGAGAAUGCUAAUAACUUGAUGGUAGACUUCUUCGUAGAGGCUAAAGGUGCUCCGGCUGAAGUGGGCACACUAUCAAGCUCUACCGGCGGCAGUGCUGGAGAACCAGGCAAAAUACCGCAACUAUUUCGUAAAAUCGAGUCUCUGUUGUCAGCGGAGAUUGUAACGAAGACGCAAGCUGUAUAUCAGUUUAACAUCAGUGGUGCGGAGCAGGGCACAUGGUUUUUAGAUUUGAAAAAUGGCACCGGCGCCUGUGGAACGGGACAGCCACCGUCAGCACCGGAUGCUACACUCAGCAUGAACUCUCAAAAUUUUUUUGAUAUGUUUUCUGGAAAACUUAAAGCAGCUCCAGCUUACAUGUCAGGCAAGCUGAAGAUAAGUGGAGACUUUCAAAAGGCUUUAAAAUUGGAAAAGUUGAUGAAGGCACUGAAAUCCAAACUGUAGAUCAAUAUACAUACGUAGAUGAUAUAUAUGCAUUUUGCAAGACUUUAAAUUAAUAAAACGUAGUUAUAUCGGACGUUUUAAAUAUUAAGAAAAUACGUGUUUUUAAAGUGUAAUUGAAUUUGUAAUUAAUAGGUAGUAUUGAAUGGAUUGAACCAUCCAAAGCUGAACAGUGCAUCAUUUAGCAGGUUGGUCGGUUUUUGUGUAAACCGAUGUUGAUCAGGGUGCUGCAGCAUUUUGUGGAUUAGUUUCAAAAAGUCUUAAAAUUGUUUGCUAAAAGUUGUUCCCCUAAGUUUUUAAAAAAAUAAUUCGCGACCUGCAAAUCUAAAAACAAAAAUAAAUUUAAGUAUUUUCGCCAAGUAAA